CGUACGCCGCUGGGUCACAUUGGCGGCGAUCAGCUGCGGCGUUGAAUGGAAACAGCUUUUACUCAUAAAUAUCCAGGGACUCCAAGACUUUUCGUUCGUCACGACAGGAGAUAUGUUAUAAUAACGCAGCAUUCCUCUGGCCCUCCUUGUAUACAUCAGGAUGGAACGUAACUUCUUCGAAGUCGUCUUUGGCUGUCUGCUUUCUCAUUCGCUAUGGAGUACACACAACACUCUAGUGUCGUUAUUCCAUCCAUCGCCUCCAUAGUAGUGGCCUUUACGGUGAUAACGGCGCGCCACUUCAUCAAAUCGAGACAGCGACACCCUUUUCCUCCUGGUCCUCGCGCGCUGCCUUUCGUCGGGAACCUCUUCGACAUGGACUGGAACCAGCCGUGGGUCACAUUUUCGGAGUGGUCCAAAGCUCAUGGUGACCUCGUCCACUCAAAGCUCUUCGGCCUUCGCAUCAUCACUCUACACUCCGAAGACCUCAUCCGAGACCUAUUCGACAAGCGCUCCACCAAAUACUCAGACCGCGUCGCGCUUGCUACUGUCGCUCCAUACGGCGCCGAUUUCAGCACGCCGACGAUCCGUUACGGUGAUGCAUGGCGCUUCCACAGACGGCUGUACCACCAUGUAUUCCGCACUGAGUCCGCGACGGUGUUUAGGUCAAUGCAGGCGAAGAAGGCACACGAGCUCCUUCUCCACGUGCUCGAGGCUCCCAAGGAUUUUUACCACCACAUGCACCGAUUCGGCGCCGCUGUUGUCAUGUCUGCUACGUACGACUAUGACGUGACGCCUCACGAUUCGACGCUGGAGAUGGUGCAAACUGCGGUAGAGAAAAUGAUCAGCUCCCCCGAAAAAGCUACAUUCGUCGAUACGUUUCCGUUUUGUAGGUACAUUCCUGCGUGGUUUCCCAGAGUAGGGUACUUUAACGCCCAACAAUGCCGCGAGGCUUGCUGGAAGAUGAAGAUGGAGCCGUAUCAGGACAUGCUUGCUAGAAUUAGAACACAUUCAAACGUACGUAAGUAUGUGUCUCAUCAAAUAUUUUCGUUGAGAAGCAACAGAUUCGCAGCGUCGGUCGUCAUGUCUGCCUUGUACGGUUACCAAGCUAGUCCUACUGCUUCGGUGCUUUUUAUCUUCGUACUUGCAAUGGUCCUCAAUCCCGACGUGCAAAAUCGUGCCUAUGCGGAAAUCAUUCAUGUCUGCGGAAGCGACAGAUUGCCUACAUUUGAAGAUAGGCCACGUCUCCGGUACGUAGAAGCUGUAGUACGGGAGACGCUGCGGUGGUGUCCGAUUGCUCCCCUAGGCAUCCCUCACAGUACAACCGACGAUGAUGUGUACGAGGGACAAUUCAUACCGAAAGGCAUGGGUAUCUGCCGAGAUGAGGCUAGGUAUCAUCGGGCUGCUGAAUUUAUACCGGAACGCUUCCUGACAGAAGAUGGCACACUGACGAAUGAUACGGUGGAUUUUGUCUUUGGGUUUGGUCGGCGCAUUUGUCCGGGGAAACACCUCGCCAACGCGUCGCUCUGGAUAGCUAUAGCAUCACUACUCGCCGUCUUUCGCUUCGAGAAAGCAAAGGAUGACAACGGCAUGGAGGUAGAUUUCGUCCCAGAGUGGUCGUCUGGGUCAACGUCGUAUCCAGAGCCAUUUCCCUGUCACAUUCUACCCAGAUUUCCUCAUAGAGAAAUAAGCCGCCUCUCGUAA